AGAGCGCAGUCAGUGGAAGUUGAAGCUUAACUCGGCGUGAGUGUGUGUGAGUGUUUGUAAGGAGUCCAGCUGCUUUUCCCUCGCUAUUCCGUCUCAACGCAGGACACUAACGUUUCUCCUCAACUCUUCAUGUCACCCGCGAUCACACUUUCUCCUCACACGCCGCCUUGUUGACUUUUUCCUGCCUAGAGUGAAGAGUUCCGUGUUUUCCUUCAGAACACCUUUGGCAGAAAUCAGAGCCGUCACAGGUACAAAGGAGCAGAGAAUCCGGAAGAACUCGCACUUCGGGUUUGAAGUCUUCCUUACUGCAUUUAACACACACACACACACACACACACACACACAGGGGUUCAACAUGAUGGACUUAAAGAAAAGGAAGAUCUUUAUCCUCGUGGAUGUUCUGUGUGUGAUUAUAGCGGGGCUGCCGUUCAUCAUCAUGACUAUCAUGCACGCCCCGUACAUUCGAGGUGUGUACUGCGACGACGAGAGCAUUCGUUACCCUUACAGGGCCGACACCAUCUCGCACGCCAUGAUGGCUGCCGUCACCAUCACCUGCACCAUCAUCAUUAUUAUCACAGGAGAAGCUUACCUGAUCUACAGCAAGCGCCUCUACUCCAACUCAGACUUUAACCAGUACGCUGCAGCGCUCUACAAAGUCGUGGGAACUUUCCUGUUCGGAGCUUGUGUGAGCCAGUCUCUUACAGAAAUGGCGAAAUACACCAUCGGACGUCCGCGGCCCAACUUCAUGGCCGUUUGCGCGCCGACCGUGUGCAAGGGCUACAUGCUCGAAAUUAACUGCACGGGAAAAGCAAGCAACGUCACAGAAUCCAGGUUGUCCUUCUACUCUGGCCACUCGUCUUUCGGGAUGUACUGCAUGCUGUUUUUGGCGUUAUACGUGCAGGCACGAAUGGCCUUCAAAUGGGCACGUCUUCUCCGACCCACAAUCCAGUUCUUUUUGGUUGCGUUUGCGAUUUACGUCGGAUACACGCGGGUGUCCGAUUACAAACACCACUGGAGCGACGUGCUCGUGGGUCUCCUGCAGGGGGCGCUCAUCGCAGUACUCAACGUUCGAUACGUCUCGGAUUUUUUUAAGGAACGUCUUCCGCGCCAACGGCACCCCAGGGUGAUGGAGGGCGACGAAUUGGAGUGCAAACCGAGCCUGCAGAUAGCCAAGCAAGAGAGGAAUCACAACUGCAUUUCUGGGACUGAGUAAGAGACUUUCAGGCUUGAGGCUGGUGUGUACCACUGGACAGGCUGCAGUGCUGCUCAUUUUUUCUUUAUUUUCGUGUGUGUGUGUGUGUGUGUGUGUGUAAGUGGCAUCAUAUAGAAUCCCUAUAUUUUGUCUUUUCUGUCGAGGGUCUGAUAUAUUUAUACUUUAUACUAAUUCCAUAAAUCAUUUUUUAGAACUUAAAAUCCUCAAAUCUUAAAAACAAUCAGUUGAUUUUUUUUUAUUUUUAUUUUUUGUUAAUUCAUAAGAAUCAGACUUCAAUCAUAUAAGAACGACUUCAAAAGUCAAGCGCAGAGGUCCGGGGUCGGUCCGUUCAAUUUCAAGAAGUCAUGCCACUGAAAACCCCUGAGGUCAAGUUUUAACGUGUUCCUCAUCCACUGACGGGAAAAUCCAUGUCGACGUUGUUGAAUUAACUUUUUUGUAAUGAAAAAAUAUCCUGUGGUGGUUGAAUUUAUAGUUAUGACCCUCCUGGUGAAUGGCAGUAGUGUUUUUUUUAUACAUAUAUAUAUUAUAUAUAAAAAACACUAGUGGACUGCAUAAUGUGACUAAUUUUUUUUGAAUAGUUUUAUAUAGAUUAUCUAACAUCACCAAAUACCACUAGCUAACUAUUGCAUAUAUGCAAACUUAUUACUUUUUUCCUACUGCUUUUUUUGUAUUAUUUUUUAUGUGAAUUUAGGGACAGAGUUUUAUAUAAUCUCAGAAGUGAAAACGUUCAUUUGAAAAAGUAUAACAAAUAAAGUGAGAUGAUGAAAAAAUAAAGUGGUCUUUAGGACGCAACAUUUUUUCUGACUGCUCUGAGAACCGACUGGUCUUCAGUAGUCAGUACUUUAGUAAUCUUUGUCUGGAUUUGUAAUCCAGGUAUGAACGCUUUGGGAGUGGACCUCAUGAUGGAUCACACACGCAUCAGACACACGUCCUGGCUGCAGCAAAAAGCUUCAGCUCUUGGAAAAACUGCUCAAGGCACAUGGUUAGGAUUUGUUUAAUGCUCAUAGCAUAUGAUUUACUUUUUCCUCCCUCACUGUAUGCACAUAAUAUGUACUCUUUUUGUAUCUAGACACAAAACACCAUUUACCUUUUCAGUCCUUUUCCUUGAAUGUGGAUCAUAAUCAUUUUUUUAAUAAUGAAUCACGCUUCAGGCCUUACAGCACAUCGUCAUAUGAUCAAAGCCAAAAGUGGAGUUAAAUCUAAUUAGGACACGACAUUCACUUUGUUAAAACCCAAACCAAACGUUUUGAGGCUCUCUAAGCCUCAAAACGAACUAGUGUUUGUGUGUAGAAAACAUAUACAGUAUUAGUUGUGUAUCGUUUUUGUUCUCUUGCAUGACUAAUAAUAAAAUCGUCUUUUCUUCGAUUUUUUUUUUUUCGUGCAGUAUUUUCACAUCGCAAAUCGAUCUCUUUAGGCUGCAGGUUGAAAUAUUCUGUCUACAGAAAUAUCUACAGGCACAGAUUCACAGAUUCGGAUUAAUCCCGUUAUUUAUGCUAAGAAGGCGCUCGUCUGAGAUGUGCAUUUCAGCGACGUUGCUUAGGUCGCGAGAUUUUUUUAAUGCACUCUAUAUUUACCGAGCAUGAGGUGAUUUUUUUUUUUUCUCCUAACAAACAGAGCCUCUCUGUGUUCGUCUGGUGUAGCUGCUGAAAGCUUAAAGACCUUAAAAUAGAGCAGGCCCCAAUGCAGGAGAGAGCUCCCCUAGUGCAGUGCAUCUUUUCUUUUAUUUGUGUACUAAGUUAAAUGUGGAGCAGAAUUCAUAAUGCACAUUCAUGCGUUUUUGCCAGCUUCAGUUUGCAACAGCAUAAAAAUACCAGUGAACAGUUUUGUAUAAUCUAUUUGUUUAUUGUUUUAAAGCCUCCCCAAACCCUUAUAUCCCAGUUAUAGUUCUCAGUUAAUUUUUUAUUUUUUUUUUUGGAAUAUUUUUUAAUCUGAGCCCUUGGGAUUUUCUUUAAAAUGUGAGAAUUCUUCCAAACCCAAAACCCAAGACCAAGAUAACACCUAAACAACCUGAAUUCCAGGUGAAAAUUAAAUCCAACCGACUGAAUAUUUGUUGAGAUGAGAAAUGCUGUAUUAAUAAAGCUGGAUAAAUAACGAUUGAACUCGGUGACCAGUACAAAUAUUUCUGAUGUGCUUCUCUGUACCUAAACUAUCUGUAUCUGUGUCUGUCUGAUCCCAAAGCUGCAUUAAUGACACUUCUAGUCAUGGCACAGUGCGAGUGACUGAGCGAGCGAGUGAGUGACUGAGCGAGCGAGUGAGUGACUGAGCAAGCGAGUGAAUGAAUGAAUAAAUCCCCUGGAGAAUUUAGUUAACUAAUUUCUAACUAGGCCUCUGAAUUAGUAUAUUUGUGUAAGCUUGAACCCAGCAUCUGCAGCAGAUGAGUUUUUUAACGUUGUUCUGUCCGAUCCUGUGGCCUGCACACUGACUUUCCCAAAGCUUUUGAUUGUAUCGCUUAAAAAAUGAUUGCACACAUUUUUCUAUAUGUUUUCUAUUUUUUAAGUUUGUAUGUCUUUAACUACUGUAGAUUAAUAAAAAAAAAAAUUACUCACAAA